AUGGCUUGUGAUCUGUGUGUAGAUGAAAAGUUAAAGAAACUCAGCUUCAUGACAUGUCUUGUUUUGUUCUUCUUUAUAGUUCUCUGUGCAAAAAACUUGGUGAAAAAGGAUUUUUUCCGGCUUCCUGAUCCAUUUGCUAAAGUUGUGGUUGAUGGAUCUGGCCAGUGCCAUUCUACAGAUACUGUGAAGAAUACCCUGGAUCCAAAGUGGAAUCAGCAUUAUGACCUAUACAUUGGAAAGUCAGACUCGAUAACAAUCAGCGUAUGGAACCAUAAGAAAAUCCAUAAAAAACAGGGAGCUGGUUUUCUGGGUUGUGUGAGACUUCUUUCCAAUGCUAUCAACCGCCUUAAAGACACUGGUUAUCAGAGGUUGGAUCUAUGCAAGCUUGGACCAAAUGACAAUGAUACUGUUAGAGGACAGAUAGUAGUAAGUCUUCAGUCCAGAGACCGGAUAGGCACGGGAGGUCAAGUUGUAGAUUGCAGUAGGCUAUUUGACAAUGAUCUACCUGAUGGUUGGGAAGAAAGGCGGACAGCCUCUGGAAGGAUUCAGUAUUUAAAUCACAUUACACGAACAACACAAUGGGAGCGACCAACACGGCCGGCAUCAGAAUAUUCCAGUCCAGGUCGACCUCUGAGCUGCUUUGUGGAUGAGAACACUCCCAUUACAGCUAUAAAUGGUGCAACAUGUGGACAGUCAUCUGAUCCCAGGCUAGCAGAGAGAAGAGUGAGGUCUCAGAGGCACAGGAAUUAUAUGAGCAGGACCCAUCUACAUACUCCUCCAGAUUUACCAGAAGGAUAUGAGCAAAGAACAACUCAACAAGGGCAGGUGUAUUUCUUACAUACUCAGACUGGUGUGAGCACAUGGCAUGAUCCACGAGUACCUAGGGAUCUUAGCAACAUCAAUUGCGAAGAGCUUGGUCCUUUGCCACCUGGAUGGGAGAUACGAAAUACAGCAACAGGCAGAGUUUAUUUUGUAGAUCAUAACAACAGAACAACGCAGUUCACAGAUCCACGGCUAUCGGCUAACUUGCACCUUGUUCUAAACCGUCAGAACCAACUCAAAGAUCAACAGCAGCAGGAAGUGGUGUCAUUGUGCCAGCUUCCAGAUGAGGCAGAAUGCUUGACUGUGCCAAGGUACAAGCGUGACCUUGUACAGAAGCUCAAGAUUCUAAGGCAAGAGCUAUCCCAGCAGCAGCCCCAAGCUGGACAUUGUCGUAUUGAAGUCUCCAGGGAGGAAAUAUUUGAGGAAUCUUACAGGCAAGUCAUGAAGAUGAGGCCUAAAGACCUAUGGAAGAGAUUAAUGAUAAAAUUUCGUGGGGAAGAAGGUCUCGAUUACGGAGGAGUUGCCAGGGAAUGGCUGUAUUUGCUGUCCCAUGAAAUGCUGAAUCCAUACUAUGGGCUGUUUCAGUAUUCACGUGAUGACAUCUAUACACUACAGAUAAAUCCAGAUUCUGCUGUUAAUCCGGAACACUUAUCCUACUUCCACUUUGUUGGACGGAUCAUGGGUAUGGCUGUGUUUCAUGGACACUACAUUGAUGGAGGCUUCACGUUGCCCUUUUAUAAGCAAUUGUUAGGGAAGCCAAUCACGCUGGAUGACAUGGAAUUAGUAGAUCCAGAUCUUCACAACAGCUUAGUGUGGAUACUGGAGAAUGAUACUACAGGCGUCUUGGACCAUACAUUCUGUGUGGAACAUAAUGCAUAUGGCGAAAUCAUACAACAUGAACUGAAACCCAAUGGGAAAAGUAUUCCUGUCACAGAGGAGAAUAAAAAAGAAUAUGUAAGGCUUUAUGUAAAUUGGCGAUUUUUACGAGGGAUUGAAGCUCAGUUUCUGGCUCUGCAGAAGGGAUUUAAUGAAGUAAUCCCACAGCAUCUGCUCAAGACAUUUGAUGAAAAGGAAUUAGAGCUCAUAAUUUGUGGCCUUGGGAAGAUAGAUGUUAAUGACUGGAAGGCCAACACCAGGUUGAAACACUGCACGCCAGAGAGCAACAUCGUGAAGUGGUUUUGGAAAGCCGUGGAGUUGUUUGAUGAAGAGAGAAGAGCCCGAUUGCUGCAGUUUGUGACUGGCUCGUCCAGAGUGCCACUGCAGGGCUUCAAAGCAUUACAAGGUGCUGCUGGUCCAAGACUAUUUACAAUUCACCAGGUUGAUGCUAGCACAAAUAACCUGCCAAAAGCUCAUACGUGCUUCAAUCGAAUAGACAUUCCUCCUUAUGAAAGCUAUGAGAAACUUUAUGAAAAGCUGCUAACCGCCAUUGAAGAAACAUGUGGGUUUGCUGUGGAAUGAACCAUGUGUAGGCUUAUCUGGGACUGUAUUUAUAUUCCGUCAAGCAGAAAAGCCUCCCUUUAGCCAUGACACCGUAAAUGCUUGAAAUAUAGGAAG